AUUCGUGGGGCAGAAGGAGUUGGUCCGAGGAGAGACAAUCCCGUAGCCGAAACAGCAAAAAUCACAGCCAAGACUCAAACAAUCGAUUCAGCCACGCGGAUCGCAAGAGAACCACGGUGAAACACACGAAAGCCAGCGAGCUCAGAACCAAAUCACAAAUGACGCGCUCCAAGAGCACGGACACGGUCGACAAAUCCAGCCGGAUAUUCAGCAGCAGCCCGCAAGCCAGUCACCCCGUCAAUCGUCAAGAACUCAAAGAGAAGCUAAUGAAGGUGAACAGGGAGGCGAGCGAGCGGCAUCGGGGAAGGCUGUUGAACAGUCGAAAGGGUGCGCGGUCGGAGCCGACGAGUAACGGAAAGAACAGCGUCAACGGCAGCUACAACGACGUCAUCGGGACGCAGGGGGAGAGGAAACCGCCUCCGCCCAUUAUGGCGUCGACAAUCCUACGAUCUCGCUCGUCAUCCCGGACGCGCGACCACUCCAUGGAGUCCGUGCGCAGCCGAGCCGAGCUGCUCGCUGACGUCACGCGCGCGCAUGAGCAGCAGCGGCAGCAGGGACACUCGGAGCCCUCCUACCUGACACACCAGAGCCGCUCGAUGCAGAAACAACCGGGGCCCCGGGCCAAAGCGCCGUCUAACGUCGCAGGAGCGCCACGUGCUAAACCCAGCAAUCUGCAGACGAACCAUCAGCAGCAGCUGAGGCUGCGAGAGUUUUUUAGUGGCAGCAACAUGGCGUCCGUGGACGAGCAGAACGAUGACGACUACGAGACUGCCAGCGAGAUCAGCUACUGAGGCUAGUUAUACUGUUGGUACAUGAUGUUCGUGUGAUGCCUGGAGGCAGACGCGAAGACGUGAUUUGCCACCAAAAGAAUCUCAAUCUAGUCAGAGAGGGGGAGAUAGCGCGAGAGAGAUAGAGACGCAGCAAGACAGAGAGACGCAG